CGCCCUGUCUCUGCACAGUCUCGAUCAUCAAAUGCCAAAUUGCGUUCCCGGCCCCUCUCUGCCAGCGAUGCUGAGAUGAAAAACCUUAUUCCUUCUGCAAAAGAGAAAGUUGCAGGAAGGCAUGUUGGCUCCAUGCUGGGCCUCUCCAUGGAAGAGAUAAAAGUGUUGCGCCGAGUGAAGGAUGAAUAUGACAGAAGAGGGGGGUUCAUUCGUGUAUUCCCUACACCAUUAACUUGGGAUAUUUAUGGGCCUUUUCUGGAACAUAAGACCACAAUGAAUUAUAUGCUGGCGACUCGUCUUUUCCAAGAAAGGGGAAGUUCAAGGAAAGGGCCAGUUCCUAGACGAGCUCGUUUAGCUCUUGCUGCUGAACUGGGCCUGGACAUUGUGGAUUGUAACGCUCAGCUUCAUGCUGCUUUAUACGAGCGGAAACUAUUAUCACUAGAGGUUCGAAAACAAAAGCGUCGUUUUGGCAAACUGAGACCAGGAAGAUUGUCAAGAUUGUCAGUCAGAAACAGAAUGUGAAGAAGAGGAGGAAAUAGAAGAUGAAGAACUAGAAAUAUGCCAGGGUGAAACAGUCCGCUCUCUCAGAAAUAUGCCGGUGAAAUUUAAGCCACAGUUGACAGAGAUGGUGAAGCCCCCCCACCAAGUCAAAUUACCAAAGGAACCUGAAGAGAAGCCUGUAAAUGAAGGGCUGCCUCCUCAAGAGAAA